UCCUGAUGGCUGUUUAAUGUGGUUUUGCAGGUAUGAUGAGCAAUUUGUUGUAGCCUCAUUUGAUAGUGCUCCUACAGCUGAUUCAGAAAUCUAUGGCAAGUUGGACCAAUCUGUUCGUGAUGCCCAUGAAACACAUGCCAUUAUGAAAAGUUAUGUGGCAACAGGAUCUGAUCCAUAUAAUCCAGAGAAGUUUUUGGCUUACAUGGUUCCUUCUGUAGAUGAGCUAUCAAAGGACAUCUAUGAUGAAAAUGAGGACAUUUCGUAUUCUUGGCUUCGUGAAUACCAUUGGGAUGUAAGGGGUGAUGAUGCAGAUGAUCCCACGACAUACCUUGUAUCAUUUGAUGAUGGAGAAGCCCGCUAUGUGCCUCUUCCCACAAAGCUUAAUCUAAGAAAAAAGAGGGCCAGAGAGGGGAGGUCUGGUGAUGAUAUAGAACAUUUUCCUGCACCUUCAAGAGUGACUGUAAGACGGAGGUCAACUGUUGCUGUAAGAGAGCUUAAAGAUUCCGCGGUCUACUCAAAUGCAAAAGUUGGUCCUUCAAGUUCGAGAAUUGGAAGGUUAGAUGCUGAAGAUGGCCUGGGAACAGCACGGAAGGUUGCACGAGACGAAGACAUGGAUCAAUUUAGUGGAGCCGAAGACGAGUUCUCUGACUGAGUGUUGUCGAUGCAAAUGCACUUAUAUCAAAAUGAUUUCCCAAUUUUGGUAGCUUGUGGGACAGUGAAGGACAGGGAUCUGUUGAUUUAGAUGCUGCACUAGAAUAAACUGAGAUGGUCAUAUAUCUAGAAUUCAUAUGUUCAUUCUAGCCUCCCAAAUAUUUAUGUUUCUUAGUUUCAUUCAGGGUUGUUAGUUGAUAUACAGAUUUUUCCUUCGAUGUCAUACAAGAGAUGGAAAGGGGAAAGAAAAUUGUAAACAAGAGUUUGGACACAAAAAAAAAACAAAAAAGAAAUUGGGCAAUGGGUAUGCUGCUGUUUCUUUUUUUUUUUUCCUUGAUUCAUUGAGUUUAGAACUUGAGUAUUUGAGUUUUUCCAUUAUUAUCCUUUGCAUUAUUGGAUAUGUAUAAUCUCAGGAAAGAAAUAUUGUAAUAUUAGAUUGAGUAGCAACUAAAUUUAGGAAGUCUUUGAUAUGAACUGCGCAGAUUAAGUCUGACAGAGGUUAUACCUGAAUAGGUGAUUAAAUGUAGAUGAUUGGUUAGCAGUGAA